UUUAAAAUUUCACCUUUCCAGACAUAGAUUUUUACUUCAAACAAAAAAUGGCAUCAACCGGUGAUCCACAUCUGCAGUAUCAUUUUCGCUAUGCAACUCAAAAUCAUCCCCUAUCCUCCAUAAGCAACUCUUUCAAUUCCAAAGAUGUCAAAGAAUUACAAUUACUGAAAACCAAACUAAUGGCAGCCAAUAAUUCAGCAAGCAAAGCUUCCAUAUACUAUACACCACCAGAAGUGGAAGACAACCUACGACACUCCCAACUGAAUUUACAAACAUCACCCAUACACAUCAACUACAUUAAUGAGAAUCUCGAACAUAGAAAUCUUGAUUUUCGAAUGCAACCAAGAGCAUUUUUAAUCAAUACGCCCAUGCAAAUGGAAAGUCCAACAACCAUUAAUAAUCUAGCCAGUAUGGAUGAGACGACAGCGGCUUUGAAUCAAUUGAAAAUCACAUCAGAACAUCCUUUGGGAGCGGGCAGUAUAGAGGAUAAUCAUUAUGCAGCUACCAUGGCCGAUAAGUUUGCAGCAGCUAGUGGCAGUACGAAAAAUGGCAAACAAAGACAUUCAUUUUAUGAAGAUUGUGCCCUGGGUGAUAGUAAUAUAGAACUAAAUGAAAUGCGUGAUUAUAAAGAUACUAAUGAUGUGAAAAACUCCAAAUCAUGUCCAGUUAUUUAUAAAGUCUCCAAACAAAACGAUGGCACUACCGUACACGAACUACUUACAGAAGAUUUGAGCAAAGGUUUACGUUUGAAUAAACCUACGGAGGAGUCGGAACAGCAAGAGACCCCUUUGCAUCAUAAACCCUUAAAAGAAACGGAAAAACUAAAUAUUAUUUUAGAUGAAAAUGGUAAAUCUACAUUGUAUGAUGUCUCACUACCGGCCACGAUAAAAACAGAUAAUAAUAAAAAAGACAUAAAAUCCCUAAGUUUAGAUUUAACAUCUAAUUCAGCCAAUAAUAGAACUACAGCCGGAUGUGAUCACCUAAAAAGAGAUUUUGAUAGUUUAAACUAUAGAGAUGAUAAUAUACCCACAACCUCGGCCUAUGCAUCGAACUCCUUGUCUUCGGGCCUAACCACACCUGUCCUGUCACACAACCUGUCUCCCUCUUCGCCCCUUUCAGAGUCUUGUAAUGAAGACUAGUGUAGCUGUUUAGUAUAAUUUUUGCAGUUUGUAAUAAGUUUAGAGAGAUUAUUAUAAUACUUUUUUCGGUUUUUUUGUGUUGUUUUUCUUUUGUUUAUUUCAUUUUAAGAAAAAAUGCAAGUAAAAGAUUUUCUUUUUGAAUUCAUAAAAAACAUAAAUAUAUUGUUUAAUAAAAUUAUUGAAAAGAAUAUACAUACAACUUAGUGAAUGGAAAAAAUCAAACCCAAAAUACUAAAAAUAUAUACAAAAAUACAUUAUUAACUUUAAUGCUGCAUAUUAUAAAUAAGACGGAUAAAUAUUUAACAAAAAAAAGUCAAAAAUACAAAUGGCAAGUUAAUUAAAUAUUUAAACUUCCUGUAACGUAUAUAUAUAUAUAUACUAUAUAAAAAACAGUACAUUAAUUAGUUUUGAAAGUAGAUUUUUAAUAAUCACUAGAGUAUAAAACCAAUAUCAGCUUAAAACACUGAUACUAUACACACACACACACACACAUUAUUAAUUUGGAAAAUUACGAAAAAAAAAGAAAAACUAAAUUUGUUAGUUUAACUUUCUUGUCAUAAUUUAGCCUUUGGUCAAGGAAGUUUACACAUUUAAA